AUGGGGAUCCGCCACCUCCUCGCCAUCGCCCGGCGGCAGCGGAGGAUCUGCCCGAGCUCCGCCUUCCACUACCAGGCCGCUCGAUCCGCCUCCACCGCGCUCGUCUCCCCGGCGGAAUCCGACCUCCCCUACGCGCCCUCCGGCCGCGUGGUCAUGCCCUACGAUCGGCUCGCAGAGGCUGUGCGCUCCAAGAUCAAGCGCGUCGACGAUCCUGAUCCACGAUUCCUCCGGUACGCUUCGCCGCACCCGGUCCUCGCCGACCACACCACCAUCCUCUCCGCGCCGGAGACUCGCGUCACCACGCUCGCCAGCGGCCUCCGGGUCGCCACCGAGUCCACCCUCGCGUCGCGAACGGCCACCGUCGGGGUGUGGAUCGACGCCGGUAGCCGGUUCGAGACCGAGGAGACCAACGGGACCGCUCACUUCCUGGAACACAUGAUCUUCAAGGGGACUGAGAGCCGGACGGUGAGGCAGCUGGAGGAGGAGAUCGAGAACAUGGGUGGUCAUCUGAACGCCUACACGUCCAGAGAGCAGACGACGUACUACGCCAAGGUCACGGCUGAGGAUGUGCCCAAGGCGCUGGAGAUCCUUGCUGACAUCCUGCAGAACUCGAGUUUUAGCGAAGCUCGCAUCAAUCGUGAACGGGAUGUUAUUCUCCGUGAGAUGGAAGAGGUAGAAAUUCAUUCAUUUAUUUCCCGUCUUUUCUCGGCUGGGUGCGAAAACUAGAUUCCUUGGCGUCAUUUUCAAAUACCCCUCCGCGUUUUAAAUAAACAGUUCCAUUAGAUGACUCGAUCGCAGAUUAUGCAGUUAUCAAACUGAUAGCGCGUCCCUUUCUUUGCCUUUCUGUGCAAUAGUGAAAACUUUUAUCAUCUAUUCUUUUGAUUUUAUCCUCGAACGGAAAUUUAAGACAAUAAUAUUUAUUUAUCAGACCCCAUCUUGGCUCUUAGUGAUUAAUACAAAAUCGACAUCUCAUAGAGGCAAUGUAGAUGGAAGCAAGGAGUGGGAAAGUUAAUAUUGUGAUGUUUUGUUUUUCCUUUAGGUGGAGGGACAAGCUGAGGAAGUUAUCUUUGACCAUUUGCACGCAACUGCUUUCCAAUACACUCCUUUGGGCCGGACAAUACUGGGCCCUGCGCAGAAUAUCAAGACCAUCACCCAGCAGCACCUGAAGGACUACAUUUCAUCUCAUUAUACUGCCCCUCGGAUGGUACUGUGUGGCUUCUGAUAUUAUACGAAAAUUCCCACUUGAAGAAGCUAGUUUGAGAUUCACUGAGACUCUGUAUUAAUCACUGUCUUCUGAUGGUGUGUCGAAAAAUUUCUCCUUUUUUCUUAUCUUCUUUCAGGUCAUCUCUGCGGCUGGUGCUGUUAAACAUGAAGACAUUGUCGGCCAAGUGGAAAAGCUGUUUACAAAACUUUCAGAUAAUCCUACAACAGCGUCACAAUUAGUUGCCAAAGAGCCGGCCUUUUUUACUGGUUCGGAGGUAUGAAUAGCUUAUUCCAACUGAUGGACAUUGUCAUAUUUUGUACUAGGGAUUCUAUCUUUAGCUAAUUUCCUCUCUGACUCAAUUUCGUGGCAUAUCAGGUCCGCAUAAUAGAUGAUGAUGUUCCGCUUGCACAAUUUGCUGUCGCAUUCAAUGGGGCUUCUUGGACAGAUCCAGAUUCCAUUGCUUUGAUGGUGAUGCAAUCCAUGCUUGGAUCCUGGAAUAAGAAUGCUGGUGGAGGGAAACACAUGGGGUGGGUUAUGUCAUUUGAUUCAUUUUAACCUUCAUAUCAUACUUCCGUUCCGCUGAAACCAUUGAUGCUGCUUCCUUUCUCCCUUUCCUGAAGGGGUAAUCUAUGGUUGACACCCACUAUCCGUUUCAGAUAUUUAAAUGAAGAUUCUGAGUGUAACGCCACGAUUUUAUUUAUUAUUCGUGACCUAAUUUUUUGUUCAUGCAUCCUAAACAGAUCAGAGCUUGUCCAAAGGAUCGCAAUCAAUGAUAUUGCAGACAGCAUGAUGGCUUUUAAUACCAACUACAAAGAUACUGGUCUAUUUGGUGUCUAUGCCAUCGCCAAGGUUAGUGGAAUCUUGUUUAGGUUCAUAAUUUACUUGUUCAAAAUGAUGGUGUUGCAAAAUUCUGAGUGGCUUUCUAUUGACUUCUCAAAGGCUGUUCGUUAUGACAUGUUCUUUAUCGUGAUCUUGAUAGGCUGAUGUUCUAUAUUUCUCAGUGGCGUUAAGAUUCAUUACUUUUUUGGUAGAGCUUGUCAAUGGAUGGCAUAUGAGACAUGAUUCCAUAUGUUGUAUAUGAUGGGAUUGUGAUGAUUAUUUGACAAUGCAGGUUCUAGCUUUUUGCUCUUAGUCUUGUCAGAGAAUAACUAGCUUUUUGUGCAUUGUGAGCUCCUCUCUCCCCGACUCCCCACCCCAAUUCCCCGUUGUGAGACCCACAUUUAAUGCUUUCCACUAUAAUGAAUGUUUUCCAUUUUAUUUUUUUCUGGUUGAUUAGAUCCUCUAAGUAAAUUACAUUUAUUUUUGUUUUUUGAUAAACUUCGCUUGCUCACAAACUCAACAUCACUUAAAGAACCCAAAUAAUUUUUCUUUGAAACCAAUAGAUUCGCAUUUGUGAGUUAUAUAUUGUAGACAUAUAUAUAUAUAUAUAUAUGUGCCGCACCCAUACAUAAAAUAUUUUACUUUAUUUUUCGAUUUAAUACUGGAAUCCCGCUUCUACAUGCUAUUUGUCUUUUGGUACCCCAAGAAGAGGUGCAAUAGCCUUCUGUUUCAUUUCAGGAUUCGUAGGGUAAUUAGCAAUGCAUAUAGCUUUAUCCAAUAUGGAACUGUGAAAAUCGUGCUUUGGUUACUCAGUGUGAAUCUGUGAAAACCUUUUUCUCUUGGUCUUCUACACUGCUUUGGUUACUUUUUCGGCUUACUAGAAUACCCUCAUCGUACGAUUCAAUGCAAGCUUUGGGCUUCAACAUGCAUCUCAUGUGGUUUCAAGUCUGUUUCAGCCUGACUGCUUGGAUGACCUGGCAUAUGCGAUAAUGUACGAGAUAAGCAAGCUCUCUUACCGAGUUUCCGAUGCCGAUGUUACCCGUGCCCGUAACCAGGUACCUCUUGUGUGCAUAUUAUUUUCUUGGGUUUGUCGUACAUUUUUAUUUAUUUUAGGCUUUUAUAUUUCUAAACUGUGGGAGAGAGCAGCUGAUGAACAGUUUAGGCUUUUAUGAGAGUCUUUUUGCUGUUAUACUACUGAACUUCCACGGUCAAACCUUUGACCAUUAAUGAGUGGUAUCCAACCAACUGAAGUGCUAUGAUUCUGCAUGUUGAGCCCUCUUCAUCUUCUACUGGUCCUCAACUAGGUCAAAGAACUGGGUGCUAGAGGCUUCUAAAAUUAUGCGUUGCCUUUCUUAUUAUUCUAUCCAACAAAAGUCAUUAAACCCACCCUCUAGUUGUAAGAUUUGGUCAACGUGUUCAAAUCCUAUGCCUGUAUCCUCUAGUCAGAACGUACUGACCCACUUCUAUAGAGUCUAUGGGGACACCAGUUGAAUGGAACGAGGACUGGGGAUCUCUCUCUCUCUCUCUCUCUCUCUCUCUCUCUCUCUCGCUAUCCACCUCUGCAUUUUUCACAGUUUCUAUAUAUUCAUCGAUCAAACUCAGACAUUGUAUGGUGGUCACGGAUCUUCAAUGACUUACAGCUUGGUGGCACCUCUUGGGAGAACAUGAUCUUGCCGAUUAUAUUUUUCUUCACCACAUCGAGGAUUCUGGGCACAUAUGAUUUUGUCUGGUAGAUAAAGAAUGACCCUUAUUUGAUUAAUAUUAUUAUUUAAAUAACUAAAAAUGGAGCACAGGAAGAAUCUUGUUUGGCGAACAAGCAUGGAUAAGAUCAAGAAAACAAAAUAAACCCUCGAAAGAAGAUUCUGCUAGGAGAUUUCUGAUCCCUCCGCAUCGCACUGCUUCCAUUCUUGCAGCUGAAAUCCUCUCUCCAGCUUCACAUCGAUGGCACCAGUGCUGUGGCAGAGGACAUUGGUCGCCAGGUCGGCUAACUCAUCAUCCCAAUGAUCAGAUCAACACUGCCCAAUGGAUUACCCCAACUCAUAUUCACAUGCCUCUUGAUCUCUCGUUUGCAGCUACUCACCUACGGCCGGCGACUUCCAAUUGCCGAAUUAUUUGCGAGGAUUGAUGCAGUUGAUGCCAGCACAGUGAAGCGCGUGGCAAAUCGCUUCAUCUUUGAUCAGGUUGGUCCUUUUCUUCCUGUCGACCAUCGAUUAUGGCAGCAUUGAUGAAUGAGCGAGAUUGCACAUGGGCAUGCCAUUUUUCUUUCUCUCUGGACUUAGAUUUUAAGGACUGGUCCUAGAUAAAGAAAAGAUUGGGCUGAUCUUACCCCUAACACCGGUUAUAUGAACACAAGAAGAUUUUUUUUUUUUUUUUUUUUGCCUAAUCUUUUAUUAGUCUGUCGCCACGGUGUUCUAUGAACACAGAUCGAACCGAAUAAUCAGUUUAGUCUUGCAUGAUGCCAUUGAUGGAUCAUCUAAAAUUAAUCUGUGUUCAUAUGGAAAGGAGGAGAAGAAGUGGUCUAAUCAUUCAUUAUUUCAGUUGUGCAUCAUCUAAUUAUAGGAAACACAUAUCGUGUCUAAUCUUUCAUGAUUAUGUCAUCCCUGCAACAUCUAGUUAUAGGUGUCAGUAUAUGAACGCAAUUGGAAGCAAAUAAUCCCGUGAAAUCUCUCAUCAUUUCAUCACCACAUCACCUGAUUAUAGGUGUUAUUAUAUGACACAAUUGAGAGCAAAUAAUCUGCCCGAUCUUUAAUGAUUUCGUUGCUGCAUCAUCUAAUAUGAACACAGUUGGGGAAAUAAUUCUGCCUAAUCUUUCAUGAUUAUGCGAUCCCUGCAUCAUCUAAUCAUAGGUGCCAAUAUAUAAACGCAAUUGGAAGCAAAUAAUCCGUGAAAUCUCUCAUAAUUUCGUUGCCAAUUGUGCUAAAUCUUUCAUGAUUUGAUUGCUGCAUCAUCUAAUAUGAACACAGUUGGGGAAAUAACACUGCCUACUCUUUCAUCAUUUCAUCACCGCAUCAUCUAAUGGUAGGUGCCAUAAUGAACACAAUUAUCAACAAAUGAUCCAUCUAAUAUGCAUGGACCGCAUGCAUCAUCUAAUCGUAGGUGUUGCAUGAAUGCAUUCGGGGGGGGGAGGAAAUUCUGCCUAAUCUUUCAUAAUCUCAUGGACUGCAUCUUCACUUACUACAUAUCUUUCUCACUGAUCCUCCAAUCCUUGUGGAAAUCAACAGGACAUUGCGAUUGCAGCCAUGGGCCCAAUCCAGAGCCUCCCAGACUACAACUGGUUCCGGCGCAGGACCUACUUGAACCGAUACUAG